AUGAUGUACUGUGAAACCGAGGCCUGGGAUGAUGACUUCUCUUCUAUCUGCGACGCUAUUGCAAGUAAAGUCAAGCUGUAUCCACAGAUUUCCUUGCUUCUUGAAAAGGUGGUCGAACACAAACACGUUUGUCCCGUUAUCGUCACCAGCGGCCUGCGUCUCGUCUGGGAGAAAGUCAUUGAGAGAGAAGGUCUCGCUGAUGUUGUUAAAGUCAUCGGUGGUGGCCGCAUCAACGACGGAUUGGUGGUUACCCCUGGGGUGAAGAGAAGUUUAGUUGUUCGUGCUAGAGAAGUACAUGGAGCCCAUACCUGGGCGAUCGGGGACAGCCCUAUUGACUUGCCGAUGAUGAUGGCUGCAGACAAGGCGGUUGUUGUGGUGGGUAAAGAACAAACCCGAAGCAAGAGCAUGGAUGGCGCCUUACGUGAUGCCAUCCUCAAUGACGGGCUGCAGGCUAGGCAGGUCUUGCUGCCCUACAAUUCUCUGAAACCACGGCUUGACCCGAACAUACUCCCUGUGAUCCAUUUGGAAGACGAAAACAUCCAGAGCUCGAUCUUCUGCCGCUGGUUUCAAUUCUACCACGCGACCGACGAUAACGCUUCCAAGUUGCUGAGUACUCCUAUGAGAGACGACGCCAUCCGCGGGCCGGCCCUCCAGGAUGCUCAUAGGAAGGCUGCUCAUUAUCUGUCCACAAAAUAUCUGGCACAGAUCAUCGGACUUGAGCCCUUCCCCGUACGCCACCCUCAAAACAAACCCAUAGACGGAUACCGGCUUUUCAACGAAGGCCAGACGUUGAUCGUGCCGCUGAUGCGCGGUGGGCUGCCCAUGGCAAACGGUGUUAACGAGGUCUUCCCAACUGCCCAGCUCCUCCACGCCAAGUUCCCCCACGACGUGAAGAGGGAGAAUCUCGAGGGCAUCGUCACUGUGAUCCUGGUCGACUCUGUUAUCAACAGUGGCAAGUCCAUCGUGGAGUUCUUGCAACAUAUCAAACAGAUUAAUGAUGCUGUUCGUGUCAUUGUUGUUGCUGGCGUCGCGCAGGACCAGGCCAUCAAAGGCGGGAGUGCCAUUCGUGCUGUCGCACGAUCAAUGGAGGUUACCAUUGUCGCUCUCCGGGUGUCGAAGAACAAGUACACUGGAAAGGGAACUACCGACACGGGAAAUCGCUUGUUCAAUACCACCCAGCUGGACUGA